CAAAAUCCUUUCCUUUGCACGCCGUUCCACGAGAUGGCGGCGGCGGCGGCCGGCGGCGGGAGGGGCGGCGGGGCGCAGGCCGCGGUGGCGGAGCAGAUAGCGCAGGCGGUGCAGUCCACGUCCAACCUCCUCCAGCUCAUGGAGGAGUCCUCCCCGGCCCAGGCUCACCUGGCAAAACUUCCCAAGAAACUCUUGGCAAAAGCAUCUCUUGCAAAGAACACAGGGCAGGUCCUGCAUCAACUACCUAGUGUAAUUUCUUCCUUGGAUGCUUAUAUGGACGCUAGUUUGCAAAGUGCUUCUCAAAUUAAGACUGUUACACAGCUCUUGUCAAACAUGGAGAAUAACCAGCUGAGAUCUAUCCUGCCUGCCUCUCGGUUAGAGAAAGCACAGAAGAAAACUGAGACUGGAGAACUCAGGAUUGAAUGAUAAGUUUACCAAUAGGAUAUAAUAACCAAUCUGUGUUCUCCUAGUAAAGGUACCUUUGCCAUCUUCUACUGACGAACAGGAAAGACUGAAGCCUUACAAAUGGUUCAGGUGUUGGCUCUGCUCAUGGCAAGUGGACUUGCUCCGUUGCUCAUAACCGGUGUUUGAAGACCUUGCUUGAUUUGGAUGGCUGCGUUUCUAUUAUGUUGGCUAAUAUAUUUCUGGAUGGCUUGAGCACAUCAAAUAUGUUGUUCCAUCUGGCUCUGUAAUCCCCCUACCCUAGUGCUGGCUGCAAAUUCAGUCCAUUUUUGUUGUUUUCAGCACAAAUAUAUAUAGAAAGGAACCGAAAACAAGAUUCAACACUCGUGUAACCUUUGGUUGUGUCCACUUAUGAAUUUGUGGAUAUAGAGACUGAAUUUCUGUCCA